CAUACGCCCGCCGAACGGCGAACAUUCGAAGUUACGUUUCCUCAGCGUUAAGACGCGCGGUUCCGAGAAUACGGUCCACCGCACACGGCGCAGACAACGGGCACGCGGUUCUAACAAAUAAGCAACAAGUACAGAUACAGAGUGACUAGAACGCGGUAGCAGCGUUAAGAAGCUGAAUACUGUUAAGAAAUUAAAAUAAAAUAAACAAAAAGAUUUUGCCAAUCAAGAAAAACGAGUGCAAAGUGUUAAAAAGACAUUGAAGUGCAUGGAAAUUGAGAAAAAUAAACAAUCAGCCAAGAACUGUGUAACUUUGAAACUUGUGUUGUGUUGCAAAGAUUGUGCGUGUUUCUGUAGAAAAACUCAGUAAAAGCGCAGCUGAUUUAUCGAGGGUCGCUUUGAAAACGCAAAUAGUGAGAUCAGUCGCGUUUUAACACGCGAAAUUCUUAAAGUCAAGAAAAAUUGAGUUAACACAAAAAAUGCUUUUCCUACUGCAGCCACGGCUCCUCUUGUUUAUGCCGCUAUGCAUUUUUAGUGCACUCACUUGGGCGCAGGAGCGCAACGUUAUCCUCGAGACAUUCGACUUUCUGCGCCGCGGCCAAAUUGACGCCGAUCUGGAAAACUAUGACAACAGUCUGCGAAUGGAAAGUGAAUAUGACUUCAUUGUCGUGGGCGCAGGUACGGCAGGAUGCACGAUCGCAGCGCGUCUCUCGGAAAAUCCCAAAUGGAAAGUGCUUCUACUCGAAGCCGGCGGCCCAGAGAGUCUCAUAAUGGAUGUGCCGAUUGUCGCACAUUUUCUGCAGCUGGGCGAAAUGAAUUGGAAAUAUCGCACACAGCCCUCGGAUCACGCUUGUUUGGCCAUGAACAACAACCGCUGCAAUUGGCCGCGAGGUAAGGUCAUGGGCGGUUCAUCGGUGCUCAAUUAUAUGAUGUAUACUCGUGGUAAUCGACGUGACUACGACCGUUGGGCAGAGUUGGGCAACAUAGGGUGGAGCUGGCGUGAUGUGUUGCCCUAUUUUAAGAAGUAUGAAGGCUCGAGUGUGCCUGAUGCUGAUGAGGAUUUGGUGGGGCGUGAUGGACCUGUGAAGAUUUCGUAUGUCAACUGGCAUUCGAAGAUAGCCGAAGCCUUCUUGGAAGCAGCUCAGCAGGACGGAUUGGAGCGGCGCGACUACAAUGGACACAUACAAAACGGCGUCAGCUUCUUGCACACCACCACACGUAAUGCAACGCGUUGGAGCUCAAAUCGCGCCUAUCUGUAUCCGCUUAAGGGCAAACGUCGCAACUUGCACGUGAAGAAAUUCGCUUUGGUCACAAAAGUACUCAUCGAUCCGACAACGCGUGCCGCUUAUGGCAUAAUUGUGCGCACCGACGGGCACGAACACAAAAUUCUGGCGCGUCGUGAGGUGAUUGUCAGCGCUGGUGCCAUUAACACGCCACAACUACUCAUGCUUUCCGGUGUUGGUCCAGCCCAACAUUUGCGCGAAAUGGGCAUUAAAACGAUUGUGGAUUUGGCGGUUGGCUUCAAUCUGCAGGAUCACACAGCGCCUGCCGUCACCUUCACAACCAACGCGACAUCGCUGCAUUUCGAGGACUUUGCUGAUCCAACGCUGGUGAAUCAAUUCAACCGACAAGAAGGUCCCUACGGCUCGCCAGGAGGCUGUGAAGCUAUCGCAUUCUGGGACUUGGAUCAUCCGCAUUUAAAGGAUGGCUGGCCAGAUAUCGAAUUGUUCUUGGUGGGCGGCUCAAUGUCCUCAAACCCAGCUAUCUCACGUGGUUUUGGCCUCAAAAAACUCAUCUACGACUCCAUGUUCGCGGAAAUUGAAGAUAAAGCACUUAACGCUUUUAUGAUCUUCCCCAUGAUACUGCGACCCAAGAGCCGUGGACGCAUCAUGCUAAAGAGCACUGAUCCGCAGAAAUAUCCACUCAUCUACUCCAACUACUACGCACAUCCCUAUGACGUGGAUAUUUCCGUACGUGGUGUACUAAAAGCGAUCAGCCUGGCCAAUUACCCAGGCUUCAAGAAAAUCAAUGCUAAGCUGUGGGAUCGCAGAAUACCUACGUGCAAGGGUCGUGAGUUCGGAACUCGCGAAUACUGGGAGUGCCAUGUGCGGCAUUUUACCUUCACAAUCUAUCACUACUCGGGCACGGCGAAAAUGGGGCCGGCAACAGAUCCUGCGGCUGUGGUGGAUCCGAGAUUACGUGUAUAUGGCAUAAGAAAUCUGCGUGUAGCGGAUGCAAGCAUCAUGCCAGAAAUCAUGUCGGGACAUCCGAAUGGACCGGUUUUCAUGAUUGCCGAGAAGGCGGCGGAUAUGAUCAAGGAAGAUAAUGGUUUUAAGCAGUGACAAAGGCGAAAAGAAGUAUGAAGUGUAGAAUGUAUUUAAGUGCCAAGAUUUCCAAAUGUGGGCAACUAGGAAUAAUAAGAAUGUGUGGAACAACAAUUAGUCUAAGGUGAAAAUAGAAUUUAAUUAAUUUAAUUUUAACUUAAUUGUAAGUAUAUAAACUAUGGCCAAGUGAACUAAUAUAAUGAGAAAUAAUUUAAGUGGAAAAUAAUUUAUAAUUUAUACCUAGUGUAAUGUACAAGACAAGCCGCUUUCAUAAAGAAUUCUAAGUCUAAAUAUUUACAUCCACAUAUGUACAUAUAUACGUUUAGUAAUAUAACAGUGCACUGACAAUAAUUUUUAAGUUUCAAAGUGUAAAUAAAAUCAA